AUGGUUUUCCCCAAGCGCCAGAUGGACGGUCGAUCCUCCUCUCGAUCUCCGUCACCCUCAGACUCGAUCGAGAGCGUUCUGUCCUCUUCAAGUACUCUCAUCUCUUCGCCAGAUUCCUCGUCCGCACCACCUUCGCCGUCCUCCGCAGUCCCAACUCCAUCCUCUAUGUACAGUAGUUUGGGUACUCGCCCCCGUCGUCCAACACCGCCCUCACGGCUACUUGGUGCCAUAGAUGAAGACAGCUCUACAGUACAACCCGAUCUCCCAUUAUCCAGUGACAGUGAGAAGAAUCCCGUCGCCAAACUUCAUGUAUACGCUGCGGUGGUCAACUCUAAACAACGGCCAACUCUCGCACUGUCGACAAGUCCACCAGCCAACGAUUUCGACCGCGUGAUGGGGCCUCGGGGUGAGAGGUUUGCUGAUCUGCGAAUGAAUCGAAAAAUAGAGGGAGCCAAGGGCUGGAAGAGAUUCAUGUGUUUCGGGGAUACAUGGACAAUUCCAACACGACUCAAUGCGAUGCAGUCAUCCUUACCCUUAGCAACAGGGAUAGGGCGUGGCUUUCAAACCCAGCCGAUCGGGCACAUUUUGACAAGCGGAGCUUCCAGAUCGGCAGAUGCAGAUGUUACUUGGCCGUCGGAAGAUUUCUUGUUGAUCUUGAAACUUGAAGAGGAGCGACCCCCCGAGGGCACGAGAGGGACCGUGAAAGACCGCGAACAACCAACAACAGGAUUUAAUGAAUUUGUACGACUAUUGGCAUUUUAA